AUGUUCUUAGUAUUUAUAAUACAAAUACGUCUUUAUUUAUCAAAAUUUGAACUUACUUCACCUUUUAUUGAAACCAAAUCUGUGAGCACAAAUAUUCGAUAUAAUUAUGGUAAUCAAAUCAAUAUUGGUUUCAGCGAUUUCGAACUUAUUCAGGCCAAAAAUCGUGAAAUUGAACUCCAACAAAAGUAUGAUUUAACCGCAGUUUUACUUCAUUGGAAACGAUCAGACAGUACCAAAUUUGUCCUAGAUUAUUUACUUUAUUCUAAUCUGUUCAAAGAAAUUAUCAUUUGGAAUAAUAAUCCACAGACUAAUCUUGAAAAAUCUCUAUUUCAAAACUAUAAUCAUUCAUUAGAGUCUAUUCGUAUAAUUAAUUCAAAAGAGAAUCUCAAAGAUGAAGCCAAAUACCGUGCAUGCGUUGAAGCAAAAACAAUGGCUUGUUUCUAUGUGGAUGAUGAUUGGGAUGCAUCAUCCUAUUUGAAAAGUCUCGUAGCUGAUUUUAGAGCUGAUCCAUAUGUGUUACAUUCUGCUACCGAUCCAUAUACUUUCUAUACAAAUUUAAUAUGGACCUAUUUCGACAGGGAAAUCGAUUUGCAUAGUGGUUUUUCAUGGAUUGGUUGUGGAAGCAUUUUCUUACGUGAAUAUGCUCAACGGCAUCUCCAAUAUUUACAAAUGCAUUUGAAAAAUAACAGUAAUUUGAUGCAUUUCAGCGAUGUAUUUUUUUCUAUUUGGCUCAAUGAUAUUCCAUCACAAUUCAAUAUGAACAUUCGUCAUUUGCCUGCAAGUAAUGCUGGUGUAUCCUUUUCAUCGACAUCAAGUUUCUUCAACUAUCAAUAUCAAAGUUCGAUUUUAGCUAUCCGUAUUCUCGAACGUAAUCUUCGUUAUAAUCAAUCAAAAGAUGUAAACCAUUUGGAAUUUUCCCGUCGACAAAAUCGUCGUUUCCCGAACUACAUUAAGUCGUCUGGUGGUAAAGAUGAAUUUAUAUUUUUUACUAAUAUUCUUCCGAUGGAUAUCGAACGGAUUCCAUUUAAUAUUUCAAAAGAUUUUGAAAGAGGUACACGAAAUAAUCUACCAAAAGGAACGAACGUUUCGUUUUUCUUAUCUCAUACGACGACUUUGAAUGCAGUGGAUAAUGAUUCGAAAACUUGUUGGCGACCUGGAAGAAAUGUGCAUCGAGGUGAAUUCUUUGCUAUUGACUUUCUGUACAUUCGAACAAAUCUGUCGUUUUCAAUUACUGUCGCGCAUGGACAAGAAUUACAAAAUAGUCUUGAUCUAAAUUUAUCAUUCGAUGGUGUCUGGUGGAUAGCUUAUCGAUCAUUUAACGGAAUCACGAUCAGAAACCAAAACUUGACAUCGAAUAUACAACAAUAUAAGAUUGUCUUUAAUGCUACUGAAUUUAAUACUGGUUUUCAUUCUUUUCGAUAUAUUGUUUUCAAUUCAAGUAAACUUUCUCCAUGGGGUGAAUUUCAAGUAUGCGAUGUACAAAUGAUGGCAAAUAUGAUUUCUACACCAUUGCAAUGA